ACUUUAUCAAAACUUAUUUUCAUUUUGAAAGUGAACUGAUAGUGUUCCAAUUUUGCAUUUCUCGAUCAAUAUUCUCUUUAAUUCGGCUUAAUUAAUUGCAGUUUUUAUCGUGUACAAUAUGAUUGAACCUCCCCAUGCAUUAUAUCCUGAUCCACAAAUACUGUAUGAUCCAGAUCCAGAAAUUACGGUCAAUAUGAUUACAGCCAACGGACCGAUUUUAGGUGGUGUUUUUACCGGAGCAGGCGCCUACGCUACGUAUAAUUGGGCGAGAGGCAGACCUUUAAGAGCAAGUCUGCCAGUGUAUAUCCCCUGGAUUCUUGGAUUCACCGGUACGUUUGUAUAUCUGUCAAAAUUGUUCAAACAAUACUAUUCUCGAAGAGACACCAUUCAUAAACAUUACAUCAAGCUUCAUCCGGAACUUUUUCCACCACCACCUAAAAUUUUAAUCGGCGAUAUCUUGGAAGACUGGGGUCCUACGCGUUAGUUUUCAAUACCGAUGGAAUGCUGUUUACAAUAGGAGCAGUUUUUAAAAAUUUAUUUUUUCAACAAAAGGUGUUACAUUGGAUUCAACAUUGACAUGGUAUUUAGAAAAUAUAUGUUGGUCAUUAUUCUAGAAACACUCGAUGAAAACCAUGAAAGCAAAAUGUAAAUAAAUAUAAACGUAGUUAACAUGUAAAAUUAAAUCGUUGAUGAUGUUCCGA